AUUGGUUGCUGUGGGAAGUGUGCGCUGCCGAUAAAUUCGUCUGUUAACAGUGAAAUUGGUUGAAUUACAACUAUUGAUUGGAGUGUGAAAUGACUGAGAAAGGUUCUCCGUCAUCUACAGUUUUACAGAGUAACCUCAAAUUGCUGUUAGAACAACCCAGUAUAUUUCCAUUAGUUGGCCCGCCUCUGGUGGCCGUACCUGCGCCCAGUCAUCCCUUGACACACCAUCAGCUGCACCAGUUGCAGACCCUGGUUCAGGCGGAAGACUCAACUUCCACCCGAUGGAGCCAGUACCAACAGCUUUGGAGGCAUCACCACAUGCAACACAUCAAUGGCAAGGCAGCGAACAAGGAAGGUGGCCCUGAGGAAAAGAAAGAAGAUGGCGAGCUGUGGUGUAACGUAGAGGCACAAGCAGCUUUUCUGGGACCCAACCUGUGGGACAAGACACUGCCUUAUGAUGCUGACCUCAAGUAUGUUGACUUGGAUGAGUUUUUAUCUGAAAAUGGGAUCCCUGUGGAUGGCAUGCCGCAGGCAACAGCCCAUCAGCAACAGGUGAUAAAGCAAGCUUCUCCCAUACCAGAGGCAGCUAGAGGUCUGCCCCAACCUCAUUCUCUUCCUCAUCCCACGCAGACACAACCACAGAGGUGUGGAGAUGGAUCAGUGGCCCCUGUGCUCGAAUUAGUGGCCAAGAGAGAGCGCUCACCCACGCCAAGUGAACCACUGUCUCCUGAUACACUCAACCCACCAUCACCUGCAGACUCAACAUUAUCACUGGCAUCAUCCGGGCGUGAUUUCGAUCCUCGAACACGAGCCUUUUCUGACGAAGAGUUGAAGCCCCAGCCAAUGAUCAAGAAGUCCAGAAAACAGUUUGUUCCGGAUGAUUUGAAGGACGAAAAGUAUUGGGCCCGUCGCCGCAAGAACAACAUGGCUGCCAAACGGUCAAGGGAUGCUCGUCGUGUGAAGGAGAACCAGAUAGCACUACGAGCUGGCUUCCUCGAGAAGGAGAACAUGGGACUACGCCAGGAACUGGACCGGCUCAAAAAAGAAAACCUUCUGCUUCGAGACAAGCUCUCGAAGUUUACAGAUGUCUAGUUCCUUUCCAUCCCAAACAGUACCACCACCAUCACCACCACAAUCAUCGUCGUCAUGAUAAUUAUAAUGAGCAGUAGCAGCACUUGCUUCGUACCACCUCACUUUGCUACUUGCUGGAAUCAGCACCUGGUUACUCACUCAGUUGGUGGUGCUUGUUGCGUCAGCCGGAGAACAACAGUGGAGUGUAGUCAAGUGGACAAUUCUCGGCAGUAUGUCUUGCAAGAUAACCACCAGGUCAUUGAAUCUGAGCAUUUUAUCAGCAUAAUCUUGUUAAUAAUAGCUACACUUAGGGCAAGUCAGCCUCUGCAAUAAAAAAUAGCCCAUCCAGAGGAAUCAGUAAAUGAACAAGGCAUAUGAUAAACUCUAAUAGCUUUAGGUUUCAGGUUGAGAAUAGCCUGAUUAUCUUUGCAUAAAGUGUGUAAAAUUAAUAUGUAAUGGGGAGGUUGAAUUCAUCCCUACAUUUCACCUCCAAAACUACAUAACAGAUUUGAGUACAAUUUGGUGUCAGUAGAAUUUCAGUUUAGUCCAUAUCAGUUAUUUAUAACUCCUACUUCACACAAAGAUCAAAUUAGGUUUAUUAGUCUUAUCAAAAACAGCUCAUCCUACUAAAAACCAGCACAUGAUGUGCAAUAGAGGUCUCACUAAGAUUUACAGAACUAAUUUAGUAUAUUUUUCAUUAUGAUAAAUAUUUAAUAAAAUGCAAGGAAAAAUAAUUUCUGACUGUAUGUAGUGUCAUUUAUAACACAAUUGCAUUUGCAAAAGUAAACUUACACUUACAGUAAAUUAAUAUCAAGGUCAUUGAGAUACACUAUUCAAAAUCUGAAAGAGUGUAUUUGAAAAUAUGAGUGGGUGUACUCUUUUGGAAUACACUUUUCCAUUCAGGGAUUCGUAUGUUUUUUUUUUCCAUCUCAUACCGCUUAGUAGAAUGCCAGCAUGAUAAGGAGUCAGUGAAUUUUAUUUACCUUACUGUAUCUUAUUCCUUUCAGUAUGAAUGAACUCCCUGCUUGCCCAAGCAAUAACUUUCGUAGAACAUGUAUUCUACUCAGCAUGUUUUUCAUGCCUGAUGGAAUCUGCUGAAAUAUCUUCCCAUCACCUUUUAUUUUCAGAAACUGAAACAGAGGAACAGGAAUAUUUGUUAUUCGGUAAAGUGUAACUCAGCAUGAAGAAAACAAUCAGGCUGCAGAUUUAUAAAUCAUCUCAGACUUCAUAAAAAUUAGCUGUGUGUUACAGGUUGUCUCCUAGGCAGUUGAUAGUAACUCAGUUGGUCAAGAAAUAACGUGAUUCUAUGUAACCCAGAGGUUCACUUUCAUAUUCAUAAAUGGAACCCACAUCAGCCAGUUAUAUCCACCUCUUACCCUAUCUUUUAAUAUUAUCUACAACUAUGGCUCCCAGUUUGACUCUUCUCUUAAGGAUUGCCUGCCAAAACUUUGUAUGCAUUUCUAACUUUCUCUGUGUUUAUCUUUUAAUAAUAUACUCGUACAUGUGCCACAUCCCAUGACUUCCUAACUUACAGGUUUACUGACUUAUGAUCCAAAUAAACUAACAACCAUUAGACUCGAAUUCUGAAUUUUUGGCCCCAGAAAUCAAAGCUUGAAAUUUGGACCUUGGACAGCAUCUUCAGAAAGCCCAAAGCUCCACUGACUGCUCUUAUGAUGUCAUUUGGCAAGCUAGGUCCCUUCCAAAUCUCCAAUAAUAAAAGACCUGCUAUAUGAAGUCGAUGAGGUGCUGGAGAGUGCAGAUUUUUAUAAAAUUUUAAUUUAAUUUGUUAUAAAGUUUUUGAAUUCUGUAUACCUCAGAUUGUAACUUUUAGUGAUCCAUAUUGUAAUGCUCUGGUGGCUCAUAUCGUAUCUCUUAAUGAUCUAUAGUAAAAUAUUAAUUAACUUGCUUAUUUUUAAUAUUUUAACACUUCAUUUGCUUAGUACUAUGUUAUUUGAUGUCCCUUUCUAUUUUAUAACAAAAAACAGAAUUAUGGCAUAACAGGUAUUAAAGAAUUGAAAAAAUGGGUCUGACCCGUAAGCUCCAGAAAAAUAAUCUUACACAUCCCAUGUUAUAAUGAACCUCGUUUAUGGUCUUUCCACUUAUGACCUGUUUUCUAGAAUGCAUUAAGUCUGAGUCUGAGGUUUGAGUGUAGUUACCAAAAUAAACAGAUGAUAUGGUCAGAAUUCAACAAGAAGUGAAUUGAAAAGCUGUUUUGUUCAAGAUUCUGGCCUGAAUGGAAGCCGCUAAAUAUAUGUAUGGCAAGAAAUGACAAAAAUCAUAUUCUCACUGUGCUGUUAAGAGAUGAGUAUUCUACCAACUGAGCCACCAGCAGUUGCCAUAUCACUCUUUCCAUGCUUCUAAAUGAGAUAUCUCUUUUAGAAGUACUGGAAUGUGAACUAAUUUGUUUUUUUUUGAGAAUUUAUUCUAUUUCUUAAUGGUUUAUUUAGUUAUGAUGUCAGUAAGUCAGACUACAUAGCAUUGAAUGAUGGGAUGAUUAGUGAAUGAUGAAUUGCAAAGGACAGGGAAGGGAAAGGUCAUGGCCCAAUUGGAAAUAUUUCUCUGUCAUUUACCUUCAGAGAAUGAGUAAAACCACAAAGAACCUCAGUGUAGCCAGUUUGGGGGGUGAGGUUUUAACCCAUUACGAGUACCUCCUGAAUAAAAUACAGGAGUGCUAUGCACUUGACCAUGAUGUUCAAGAAUAAUGAAAGAAGCAAAUCCAUCUGUCAGCAGUUGUAGCUAAUUCUUCGUGGUUUUUCAGCAGUAGAAAUUUUAUGUUGUCAUAGAAGUAUACUGAAUAGAAGAUCUCUUUUAACAAAAGCCAGCAUGGAAAUGUUAACCUGUAUUUUAGUACUCACUACUAUAGCCCAGUAUAAAUAUUAACAGGGUGAAAGUGUAAUGAACAGAUUGUGCUAUAUCCACACUACAAAGCUCUCCGGUUCAAAGUUCUGGCUCUAACUGAAGAAUAAACUAAUGUAAUUAUGUUUCAGAAACAUAACACUGUCAUAAUAAUGCUCUUAGGGGUAUGCCUCACUAACAUAUAUCUUGCAAGAUAUAAAAUAUUUCGGCUAGUUAUCUGAUACAACACAUGUGUGUUGCCUACUCCACCUUAAUGAUCAGUAGAUAUAAAUGGUGUACAAUGUAAUAGAUCCCAUUUUUUAUCAGUUUUGCGAAUAUUUAAACAUUUAGUAUCCCUACUCUUUGAGGCUAAACUGCAAUAGCUGAAUAAGCAAAGUGACUGGCUAUGAGUUGGAGAAUAAGGGUUUGAUCAUCAUCAUUUCACCA